ACGCGAUAUUGGCCCUUGACGACGCCACCCCAAGGUCACCACGCCCCCAGUGCUCAGACCACCUCAGAGGACUCCUAGUUUCAGACGACUCCCAGCCUGGCAAGUGGAAGGUGUGGUAGUGUUGGUUUACUAGUGAGCGUUCAUUUCAAAGCACAAAGGUACAAUGAGUGACUCGGUGGUGGUGCACAACUUCAUUGGAGGGUCAAUGGUGCCGUGCCAGCGGCUCCUUGACUCCCAUGACCCCAGCACCGGCAAAGUCUGGGCCAAGAUCCCGGACUCUGGCAAGGCAGAGGUUGAUGCUGCGGUAAAGGCUGCUCGUGCUGCUUUUGAAGGGUGGUCAAGUAAAUCAGCUCAGACCCGGGCCAAUCACCUCCUAAAGGUUGCUGACAUUUUGGAGUCACGCCUUGAAGAAUUUGCAGUUGCUGAGUCACGAGAUCAGGGAAAGCCUGUGUGGCUGGCAAGAAUGAUGGACAUCCCAAGAUCUGUGCUGAAUUUAAGGCAUUUUGCUCAUGCCAUCCCACAUCACCUUAACAUAUCGAGCAUUAACCCGGAGGCAGGUGUUGUGAACUACACCAUCAGGGAGCCCCAAGGUGUGGCAGGUCUGAUUAGUCCAUGGAAUCUGCCUUUGUAUCUGCUCACCUUCAAGCUUGCUCCAGCUGUCAUGUGUGGCAACACUGUUGUUGCCAAGCCAUCAGAAAUGACUUCUGUCACAGCCUACCUCUUCUGCAAAGUACUAAAGGAUGCAGAUUUCCCUGCUGGUGUCAUUAACAUGGUAUUUGGACUUGGUCCUACUACGGGAGAGGCCCUAGUAACCCAUCCUGAAGUGCCGCUGGUGUCCUUUACUGGGUCAACCCUCACAGGAAAAUACAUUGCUCAAGCCACAGCCCCAAUGUUCAAAAAGUUAUCUCUUGAGAUGGGUGGCAAGAAUGCAGCUGUUGUGUUUGAUGACUGUGAUAUUGAAUCCUGCCUUGCUACUCUUAAAAGAAGUUCUUUCAUCAAUUCAGGACAAAUAUGUUUGUGUACUUCACGAAUAUUUGUUCAGAGAUCUUUGUAUGAAGCUUUCUUGGAAAAAUUUGUAGCACUUGCAAGGGAAGUUAAGGUUGGUCCACCAUCAGAGAAGGAUGUCUUCAUGGGGCCUCUCAAUUCUAAGCCUCACCUAGAAAAGGUCCUGCGCUACGUUAACUAUGCUGUGGAGGACGGGGGACAAGUGUUGUGUGGCCAAGGGGUGGACAGCUGUGACCUCCCCUCUCAGAACAAGGAGGGUUACUUUAUGAGGCCAACUAUAAUUACUGGUCUGAAAGACAACUCCAGAUGCAUGCAAGAGGAGAUAUUUGGUCCAGUGACAUGUGUCACGCCCUUUGACACCGAGGAAGAAGUAAUUUGUCGUGCUAAUGACACACAAUAUGGUCUUUGUGCAUCUGUCUUCACUUCAAACUUGGCAAGGGGUCAUCGUGUUGCUCACAAACUCAAAGUUGGAACUGUAUGGACCAACUGUUGGCUGGUGAGAGACCUUGACAUGCCAUUUGGUGGUGUGAAAACUAGUGGUAUGGGGAGAGAAAGUACACAAGACUCUCUCGAGUUUUACACUGAAGCCAAGACCAUCUGCACCAAGAUAUAACAUAUUUAACCCUAAGAAUUACCCAGUCUGAGAGCAGGUCUGAAGAUAAAUAUAAUGAGGAUGAUGGAGCACAUUUACAUCAGAGAGGAGGAGUGUGUCGGUAAGGUCUUUGUCUUGCAGUGGACUCAUAAUGGCUGAAGAUGAUGAAAUAUGGAGAAAAAAAUCUGGGCCUGACAACUUUACCAUAAAUCUAUUGGUUGAGACAUCUCUAUUUGCAAUUCUCGGUAAACCAAAUGAUGCGCAGUAACCUGAGUUUAUGAGGUGGUAUUCAUAGGUGAUAUAGUUAUAGAAAAUAGUAGAUGUAGAGCUUUUUGCACUGUAUUCUGGUUAAAUACAUUUGAAUUCAGUAGCACAGGCUAGCAGUGGUGCACAGACAAGGUAGUAGAGUACACCUGGCAGUAAUUCAGUAAAAGUACAAUAUCAAAGUUGCAGAGAAAGUUAUAGAUAUAUGGAUGAGGAUGACUUAAAUAGACCAUCUACAGUUUCCUUGCAUUCUUACAUAAAAAAAAAAGUAACAAA